AGUGCUCUGCGACCCUGCUAGCCGGCGUGACUUUCUGCGCUCGGUUGUAGGAGCCGGCGCUGUGUGUACGCGGAGCCGCGGGACGUCGCGCUUCUGCUCUGGCCAUGAGGGUGCUGGGGGCCGCCGCGGCCGUGGCUCUGGGCCCGCGGCCACUCUUUCGGGUCCCUGCAUCCCUGCCCUGGCAGAGGAGGCAGGUUAAUUGGAAGUUCUGCCGCUGCUGUUCAUCAGGGAUAAUUCCUAAUGAAAAAAUACGAAAUAUUGGAAUCUCAGCACACAUUGAUUCUGGGAAAACUACGUUAACAGAACGGGUGCUUUACUACACUGGCAGAAUUGCACAGAUGCAUGAGGUGAAAGGUAAAGAUGGAGUUGGUGCUGUCAUGGAUUCCAUGGAACUAGAGAGACAGAGAGGAAUCACCAUUCAGUCAGCGGCUACCUACACCAUGUGGAAAGAUGUUAAUAUCAAUAUUAUAGAUACUCCUGGCCAUGUGGACUUCACAAUAGAAGUCGAAAGGGCCCUGAGAGUGUUGGAUGGUGCAGUCCUUGUUCUCUGUGCUGUUGGCGGGGUGCAGUGCCAGACCAUGACUGUUAAUCGGCAGAUGAAGCGCUACAAUGUUCCAUUUUUAACUUUCAUUAACAAAUUGGAUCGCAUGGGCUCCAACCCAACCAGGGCCCUCCAGCAAAUGAGGUCAAAACUAAAUCAUAAUGCAGCAUUUAUGCAAAUACCUAUUGGCUUGGAGGGUAAUUUUAAAGGUAUUAUAGAUCUUAUUGAGGAACGAGCCAUAUUUUUUGAUGGAGACUUUGGUCAGAUUAUUCGGUAUGGUGAGAUUCCAGCUGAAUUGAGGGCAGCAGCAGCGGAUCACCGGCAGGAGCUGAUUGAGUGUGUUGCCAACUCAGAUGAGCAGCUUGGUGAACUGUUCCUAGAGGAAAAAAUCCCUUCCAUUUCUGAUUUAAAGCUUGCAAUUCGAAGAGCUACUUUGAGUAGAUCAUUUACUCCUGUUUUUUUGGGAAGUGCCUUAAAGAACAAAGGAGUUCAGCCUCUUUUGGACGCAGUUUUAGAAUACCUGCCAAAUCCAUCUGAGGUCCAGAAUUACGCUCUGCUCAAUCAGGAGGAUGACUCAAAAGAGAAAACCAAAAUCUUAAUGAACUGCAAAAGAGACAGUUCCCACCCAUUUGUAGGCCUGGCCUUUAAACUGGAGGCAGGUCGAUUUGGACAGUUAACCUAUGUCCGCAGUUACCAGGGAGAGCUGAAGAAGGGUGAUACCAUCUAUAACACGAGGACAGGGAAGAAAGUGCGGGUGCAGCGGCUGGUGCGCAUGCAUGCUGACAUGAUGGAGGAUGUAGAGGAAGUGUAUGCUGGAGACAUCUGUGCAUUGUUUGGCAUUGACUGUGCUAGUGGAGACACAUUCACAAACAAAGACAGCAGUGGCCUUUCUAUGGAGUCAAUUCAUGUUCCUGAUCCUGUCAUUUCAGUAGCAAUGAAGCCUUCUAACAAGAAUGAUCUGGACAAAUUUUCAAAAGGUAUUGGCAGGUUUACAAGAGAAGAUCCCACAUUUAAGGUCCACUUUGACUCAGAAAGCAAAGAGACAAUUGUAUCUGGAAUGGGAGAACUACACCUUGAAAUCUAUGCUCAGAGACUGGAAAGAGAAUAUGGCUGUCCUUGUAUCACAGGAAAGCCAAAAGUUGCCUUUAGAGAGACUAUUACUGCUCCUGUCCCGUUUGAUUUUACACAUAAAAAACAAUCAGGUGGUGCAGGCCAGUUUGGGAAAGUGAUAGGUGUCCUGGAGCCUCUGGACCCAGAGAACUACACAAAGUUGGAGUUCACAGAUGACACGUUCGGGACAAAUGUUCCAAAACAAUUUAUACCUGCUGUAGAAAAGGGGUUUUUGGAUGCCUGUGAGAAGGGCCCACUUUCUGGUCACAAGCUCUCUGGGCUGCGGUUUGUUCUGCAAGAUGGAGCACACCACAUGGUUGAUUCCAAUGAGAUCUCAUUCAUCCGAGCUGGUGAAGGUGCUCUCAAACAAGCUUUGGCCAAUGCAGCGUUGUGUAUCCUGGAACCUAUUAUGGCUGUGGAAAUUACAGCGCCAAAUGAAUUUCAGGGAUCGGUAAUCGCGGGAAUUAACCGACGCCAUGGGGUGAUUACAGGGCAAGAUGGAGUUGAGGACUAUUUUACAGUAUAUGCAGAUGUCCCUUUGAAUAAUAUGUUUAGUUAUUCCACUGAACUUAGGUCAUGUACAGAGGGAAAGGGAGAAUACACAAUGGAGUAUUGCAGAUAUCAACCAUGUUUACCAUCUACACAAGAAGACCUUAUUAAUAAGUAUUUGGAAGCUACAGGUCAACUUCCAGUAAAAAAAGGAAAGGCCAAGAACUGAAUUUCCUCAUUUUAUUAAUUUUAAUUGAAUCUGCAAGGUUUGACAAUGAUACAUUUCAGUGGAACAAACUGAAGUUGCUGAAACAAAUUUUAGAAGCUGUUCCUAUUUCAUAUUCAUGGGCUUCUGUUCAAAGAUAAUUCCAUGUGUAUCUCAACUCUGUUGAAUGGGUCUUAUAAUUCAUUAAAAACAAAACCUCAACAAUGACUAUUAUAAUACUGAAAUGUAUUUAAUAUUUAUUUAAGAGAAGAUACUUAUUUUAGUUAUACUUCUAAGCUGGGACUAUGUGUAAACUUCUUUCCAAAUUUUUUUAUCAUGAAAAUUUUCAGUAUACAGAAAUGCUGGGAAAAUAGUACACAGAAUAGCCAAAUACUUUCUAUCUAGACUGAACAAUGACUAUGGUUACAGUUAGUGUAUCAGAUGAUAAUUUGUCUAUGUCUCAUGCAUUGACUUGAAAGUAAAUUUUGUGUCAUGACACUUCUUGUAGUGCCAUUAAUGGGCAGGCAUUUUUCGAGUGGUUUUUAAAUUUUAUUUUAAAGAGAAA